AUGUGUACCAUCAACCUGAGUACUCUGAUUGCGUCCUUAGAUCUCGGGAUCGUCGCUACAGCAAUUCCAGCCAUAACUGAUGAGUUCCAUGUACUCAACGACAUCGGGUGGUAUAGUGGCGCUUGCUUCAUCCUCGUUGGCGCUACCUCUGCCAUGUGGGGAAAACUAUUUACGUAUUGUCCAGCACAAUUGGUCUAUAUGGUAUCUCUGUUCAUAUACAUGGUUGGAAGCGUCGUAGCCGCAGCUGCCCCGAAUAGCCCCGCAUUGAUCACCGGCCGAGCUCUUCAAGGUGUUGGAUGUUCAGGCACGCUUUCUGGCUCCGUUAUACUCAUCAACUACACCGCUGCUCCCCCAAAGCGCCCUAUUCUUAUCGGCGCUUGGAUGGGCGUAUUCAUGAUCGCCACAAUCCUUGGGCCUUUGCUUGGUGGUGUAUUUACCACCGAGGUCACUUGGCGGUGGUGCUUCUGGAUUAACCUGCCCGUAGGUGGACUUGCGCUCGUCAUGCAGAUGUUCUUUCUUCGCAUUCCGAAGCAUAUUAAACCUGUAUCAGCUACGUGGAGAGAGAUUCUGUUACAUCUUGACUUUCCAGGCUUUAGCAUUCUGCUAUGCUCCCUGAUUUGUUAUACUCUAGCGCUGCAGUGGGGUGGUUUGAGUGACGGAAAUGUGAUUGCCACCUUGGUCAUGUUUGGAGUCUUAGCCAUCAGUUUUUUCGUCUGCGAAUAUUUUCAGGGCCGUUACGCCAUGAUUCCACUGGAUCUUUUCAAGCCGCGUGCGAUAUGGUCUCAGACCGUAUUCGCUUACAUGUAUAAUUGUCCUAGCUUUCUUAUCCUAUUCAAUCUCCCAAUUUAUUUUCAAUCUGUGAAGGGUAUUACAGCUAUCAUGAGCGGGGUAUAUCAGCUUCCAUAUGUGGCAUUCUUUGCGCUUGGAUCUAUGAUAAGCGGUGGCAUUAUUGGAACGACACGCCAUAUAAUGCCGGUAGAGCUUGUCGGCGCUUUGGUUGCAACACUUGGUGCAGCUUUGGUCUACACAUUGAACGCCGAUUCCUCCAAAGCAUGGUACGUUGGGGCUCAAAUUCCUCUUGGUAUCGGCCUCGGUCUCGGGAGUCAGGUCCCGGUCACCGCACUGCAAGGAUUUUCGAAAACGGAAUUCGCCGGGGUGAUGACUGGUGGACUGUUCGUGUGUCAAACGAUAAGUGGUGGCUAUUUCACCACGGCGGCUAACUCCAUCCUGGAAAACCUCAUCCUGGCAAACCUAGCCCGCGAAGCCCCCGAAAUCGAUACACAGAAGGUCUUGGCUGUCGGGGCAUCUGAAAUAUGGUCGAAUUUUAACGGGACACAAUUGACGGAUGUCAUCAACGCCUAUAUGGAGGGUAUUAAGGGUGUUUUCGCCUUUAUUUUGGGGAGUACCGCCUUCACGGUCGUCCUGGCCCUCAUUAUCCCCAUUGAGAAACUUCCUAAUCAUGAUAGUGAAAAGACGCAGACGGAAGUCUCUACGGAUAAUGAGAAGGUAAUUAUUUAA